AUGGUGGCGAAACAGACAAUCUGCAUGGCGAACAAGAAGCACAGCAAGAACAUCAAACAGAAAGGCAACGUCAAGUCCUCGAAAAAUAAUGCAGAUGACAAAGUUGCAGUGGGACCAUGGCUCCUGGCGCUCUUUGUUUUUGUGGUCUGUGGGUCAGCCAUAUUCCAGAUCAUUCAGAGCAUACGAAUGGGAAUGUAA